AUGAUGAACAAAGAAUGUCCAAGUUGUAGACAAAUAACAAAUACAUCACGUUCAAGACUUAUUAAAGAUAGUUGUGGUCAUAUCAAAUGUCGUAUGUGUUUAAUAUAUGAGGAACAAGGUUGCAAAAUUUGUAUCAAUGAACACUGUAUACAAAAUAUUGGAAAUUAUGAUUGUUCUCCUUCAGAAAAGAAAGUAUUGAAUGAUAUUUCUACUUCUGGUAAAAGUAAUAAUUGUAAUGAAGUAUUACCUUUGGAAUUAGUUAUUAAUAAGGAUUCUAAACUCAAAGCAAAUAAUUUUGAAUUAAUCUCUGUUGAUUAUUUAAACAAUUAUGAGUUAUAUUGUGAGGACAUAUUUAAUAAAACAAAAGAAAUACAUAAAUCUACUACAACAGAUAUUAAAAGUAAUGAUACUUCAAACAAAUUAUAUAUAUCAAACAUAGAAUCUAAUAAUAUACUUCUAAAUGUAUAUCCACAUUUAAGUAAUAAUGUAAUGGUAAAGUCAUCGACUAGUAAUAAAAUAUCAGAAAUUUGCAAUGUGGAUAUUAAAACAGAAUUUCCAGCAAAAGAAAAAGUAAUAAAAAAUAAAUCUACAAAAUGUCCUGACCGCAAUCAUAUUAUUGUAAUACCAGGAACACCAGAAAAGUAUAAAUGCAAUAUAUGUACUAAAAUUUUUCAAAACAAAAAAGGAAAAUGUUAUCAUGAUGCUUGUAUAACAGGUGUUAAACCUUAUCAAUGUUCUUUUUGCGAUAGAAGUUUUAUUAAACGGUCUCAUUUUGAAUAUCAUGAAAGAAUUCAUAGAGGAUAUAAACCAUUUAAGUGUAAUCUUUGCGAGAAAGCAUUCCCUCAACGAAAUAAGCUUAAUAGGCAUAUGUAUUCACAUGGAGAAAAACAAUUUAUGUGCCCUAAAUGUGAUAAAAGAUAUUCCAAACAAGAUGAUUUAAAAAAUCAUUUAGGUGUGCAUAAUGGUACAACUACAUAUUCUUGUAAAGCAUGUGAAAAAACUUUUAGAAUGUUAACUAAUUUAAAACGUCAUCUAAAAACACAUACAAAUGAAAGGCCAUAUGUAUGUGAUCAAUGCAAUAAGAGCUUUAAAGACAAAUCUUUGUUAAUUCGGCAUAAAAAAACACAUGGUAAGGAUAGACCAUUUUCAUGUGCACAUUGUAGUAGAGUAUUCUUGUCUAAAAGUGAAUUAAGACGUCAUUUAACAGUACAUUCAGAUGAAAAACCAUUCUCUUGUAAAUAUUGUGAAACUGUAUUUAGAAGAAAAGAUAAUUUACAUCGACAUAUUAGACAUCAUCAUCCAGAAAGUCCAUCUUUUAGUAUUAAUAAAGUACAGAAUGUAGUUCCUGAAACAGGUACAAAAGUAAUGAAAACUAAACAAAUAAGUUCAAAGCAAAAGCAAAAGACAAAAAAGACACAGAAAGUUACUUGUAAUUUAUUACCAAAAACUCCAACUAAAGUAUCAGUGGUUUGUAUAAGUUCUUGUGACCAAAUUAGUUCUAGAUUAGAUUCAAUGGGUAACAUUACACCUGUUAUAAGAACUACUAAUGAAGUGAGUAAUGCAGUUUCUGUUAUCAAUGGACCAAUUAAUGUUAGAAAGCUAGAUGAUAAAUCUGAUACCAAAAGAAAAACAUUUACAUAUACAGAACCAAUACCUCUUGCUGAAGCAGUGGUAAUAAAUAAACGUAUUGAGGAAAAAUUGUAUCCACAAAAUGUGUCAAAUCAUAAUUAUUUUCUUAGAAAUUGUUUAAAUUGUACAGAUAAAUCAUAUCCUACUCAUAUAAAUCAAAUGCCCUGUACAAAUUCUAAUCCAUAA